AUGAAUGGCGGACUGGGGCUGCAGAAGAGCAACAUCUACAUUAAGCCGAGAUCUAGCCAAGAAGGCAAAUAUUCCUCCCUCGCAUUACUGCGCAAGCCGCAGCGGAUUAGCUCUCGGACAGAAAGGGAGGAGCAGGAGAAUAUCCUCAAGCGCAACACGGACUACAACCGCAAGCGCGGUGGCGGGACAUGGGCGGCGGACGAAAACAUCGACCCCCUGGAUGGAGACGAGAGUCCGAGGCGGGCGGGCAGCCCGGUGGUGCUGACGGAUUACUUUAGCCAGUCGCACGCUGGGUACGACAACGUCGGACACCAGCGCAGCAAAUCGCUGCCGGGCACACCGACGAGCGCGCUGAAACGCCCCGGCGGCGUGCGGCGCAGCAAGUCGGUGCAUUUUGACAAUCGGGACGUGGUAAGUGUGAAGUACUUCAACUCCGACGAGAGCACGCUGCUGGUGGCGCACGCGCAGUCGUUCGAGGACCAGCUGCGGCUGCGCCAGGACGCGCGCGAGCUAGCGCCCAACGGGCUUACCCUGGUAGCGCCCGCCGGCGGCAUGGCUGGGGGUGCGAAGUCGCCGCGAAAGCCGCUGCGCAAGAGCAAGUGCUUUCGGCAGUAUCAGCUGCGGCCGCAGCUCCGGACGCUCCGUAAUGUCAACUUCCCGAUCCUUGCAAACAAGGACCCUGCAGUGCUUACGCUAAACAUCUUCCUCAAUAUUGCAUACAACCGCAAGGUCUUCCUGCAGGACCUCUCGCUCGAUAGCAUGCUCGUGAUGACGGGCCGCGUGCUCGUGAAGAACAUUCACUACGACAAGUCUGUCAUCGUCCGCUACACAUGGGACAACUGGGCGCAUACCAGCGACACGGCCAGCGUGUGGAUCAGCAGCGGCAACGCAGUUCUCCCGGGCAAAGAUAUGGACCUUUUCGAGUUCGCAAUCGACGUUCCCGCGCCAGUCUCCGGAACUCCGCGCCUCGAAUUUUGUAUCAGGUACCAGGUCCGAGACAACUCCGACUUCCAGACGCACUGGGACAACAACCACGGGAACAAUUACGUUGUGGAGUACGACUGA